CGAGGCGGUUUGGAUAUUUGCUGCUUGAGUUAAUUCACACCACCUUGUUUAGUUUUGGUUUUAAUUUUGGCUGCGAAUCAUCGCCGGUUAAAUUAAAGUUUUGGUCAAGCGAAGGUCAAGUUUGAGGCGAUUCGAAUUGUGCGGUUCGAAUAAUUAUGCAUAGCCUGUGGUCAUGGACGCGGAGAAACAGAAAGCGGAAAGUGGAGCUGAUCAUCAGAAGAAGGCAAAAAUAUUUCAAGAGGCUGAACUUAAAGUACAACAACUGGAGGAACGCUUCCGGCGAAGUAUCCACAAAUCGAGGCCAUAUUUCGAGGAGAAGCAGCUGUGCCAGGAGCAGCUGGAGGCUCAGAAGGGUCGCAUCCAGCAGCUGGAGGAACAAAUAACGAGUGCCAAGGCAGCCUAUGGCACGGCGCUACGCAAUCUGGAAGCCAUAAGUGAGGAGAUUCACAAACAACGGGGAGACCUAUCGAUGGCGGCACCUUCCGGACCUCGGGAACCGGGCGUCGGUGCCGAGCUCCCGAUGAAGCUGGAAACAGCAUCCAACAGCAGCUACAGUCACCCGACCAGUCCCAGCAAUAUGCCGGACAUAUCCUCGGAACUGGACAAAUGUGAAAUCCACUCGGUAGGAAGUGUUUCGGCAACAACCAGUUCGGCCGUCAGUGAGAAAGAUCCCAACGAGGACGAUGACUACAUGAACGACGCGGAUUUGAAUCUGGAGCUGCUCCGGCAGAAGGUCAAAACGCUGGCGGUGCGGCCGGUGGAAGGCGGCGACGGACAGCAACAGGAGCAGGACAUUUGGGAGCACGAGUUGAACGCCACCGUGAACAAGCUGGACCACCUGAUGAUGAUGCGGGAGAUUUCCGGCAGCUCAGCGAGUGGAGCCAGCAGCAGUUUGGUUAAUCCCAACUACACCAGCAGCCUUCCGACGACACCCAAACACCAGCAACUGUCGCCAGUCCUAGCGGAGAAGCAAAAGAUCAAGAUGUUCAAAAAACUUGAUCCCCUACCGCUGGCCAACGUGUCAAUGUAUGCGCUUCCAACUUAUCUCAAUAAUAGCAGUAGCAGUAGUAAUAACGGCGGCAGUGGUGGAGCAUGUGGUGUGCCCUCCUCCCUGGAUGUGGAUCGAACACCGCGGAACGAAACGGCCGCCGUCGGCUUCAAAAGCAAGCGGAAGAUGUCCAUGUAAAGGUCAGGUAGCUAGUAGCUAAGCAUGUUUAGAUUUUAAGCAAAUCCCCGUGCAAAUAAGUUUGAUGAAAUUUGAUAAACACAUUGUGGAUUCAAAGAAUUCGAACAAAACUCGAUCGAUCGAGUUGAUCCCGUUCGGGAGGGAACUUUGAGCUGCGUUUGCGAGUGCUUGUUGUUUUUGUUUGUUUUAUAUUCAUCUAUUUCAUAUUAUGGAUUUAGGUUACUCUUGUUGUUUUGACAGAAAUUAGAAAAUUAUACCCACGAAGGAUUCUAGCUGCAUUUCUUUUUUUUUUGGAUUCUGACAGAAUUAAAGUUUAUUUUUUACUAAAGAAAAAGAUCGAAAGCAAAUCGUUUGAUGCUUCCAGGAAAAUAGCUUUCCAAUUUUAGUUUUUUGAAGUAUAUUAAACUGUGAAUUUAUUUUAUAUAGUAAUUUGCAAAAUUCUGCAUUUGAUGUAUCUCUUCUAGAGCAUCCAAAUUUCAAAAUGGAUUUUUUUCGGGAAGUACCUAUCAUGUUUGCCAAGGUUUAAUUAAAAUUUCACUUUAUAAAGACAGUUUUUUUUGCUUAAUUUAACAUCAGGUUGUAUAUAAGAGUUUUUUUUAAAUCAAUGUCCUCUAGACUUAAUUAACCGCGACCAUGCGUCUUGUCAAAAAAAUGAUCUCGUCUAUAUGAACGCGAAAUAAUAAAAAUAUCAUCCAUGACUUGCUGUAAA